CAGGGUUUCCAAAGCCCUAAAUCAGAUGUGUAGAUUCAGUGUAUAUGGCAUGCAAAGCCUACAGUUGCUCCCAACCAUGCACUUACUUUAUCAUGAAAAAUAACAACAGCAUUGCCCUUACAAGUCAAACUGCUAUUGCUAGUGGAUCAAACCGGGAAAAUCCAAGAUUUCCGUCUACUGCCAGCGCCUCAGCAGCUACUACAAACAACUCACAACUGGUGCAACCAAGAUCAAGUUCAACAAGAGUGUGUGUCAACGUAAGCACCAGAAGAAGAAGAAGAAUACCAGCCAACAGUAUUGGACACAUAAAGGAUCAAAUUCAAGCACUUACAAGAGAGGAACUUCAAGAUUUAUGUGUAACUAUAGCGGAAAUGAAACCAACACUUAUCAGUGAUCUUCUGCGGGCCACUUCCAAUGCCAUCCGCCAACCCUCUACAACACAGUCACGGCACAAUGUUCCCGAAUGGUGUGUUUGCACCAACUGUCGAGUAAUGCCUACAGAAGUGGAGAGUGUUUGCUGCAGUUAUGAUCCACAAGACUGCAUAUCAGUUCUGCAGGAAAUGCAGGAAUGUGUUCUACCCAGAAGUGUUCUUCAGAUUGCACAUGCUUAUCGUACUUCUGUAUUUGGUCUGCCACAGGAAGCAGAUGAAAAUAAGCGAAACCGUCACACCGCAUACCGGCAGUUCACAUUGUGGAGGUAUGGCAGGCUUGGAAGUAGAGUAAGAAGACCCAUCCCGAGCUGCUGUAUAUGGCGUAUCAGGGAUAAAUAUCCCGAUCCUCAGGGGUCCUAUACCGGAUUCCGGCCAUCAACAUUUGAUGAUUGAUGACGUUUCAUGUUUGUGUUUACUUUAUUGUUUUCUCUGUAAAGGAAAACUAUAGAUAUCUUGAAUAGCAUUAAAAUUUUGUGUUUUUUAUAUUGUAAUUAUAUUUGUAUUUUAGCCCCGUGUUAUUCAUGUCAGUUAUUCAGUCAUCAUCCGUGUACAACCUUGAUUUACUCACCAUAAUAAAAGUACUAAACAAAA